AUGGAGUUGAAUGAUAAUAUAUAUGCCAACACAGAAUUUACUGAGGACAGUAAGUCUGAUGGAGAUGAGAGUGGGGACUCUUAUGAAAAUAUAUUCAUCAGUGAAGAAACCCUCCCUACGUCGAAACUGAGAGCGACACCAAAAGGAAACUCAGAUGUUCAGAACCCAGGAUGGAGGUACUUCAGCUCCAGUCUGUACUACAACUCUACUGACAAAAAGACAUGGAGUGAGAGCAGACAGUACUGCAGAGACAGAGGAGCAGACCUGGUGAUCAUAAACAGCAGAGAGGAACAGGAGUUUGUCUAUAACCUGAGAAAUGAUGACAGUACCUGGAUCGGUCUGACUGAUGAAGAAAGAGAGGAUGUCUGGAAAUGGGUGGAUGGCACAGCAUUGACCAGUCGGUACUGGCUGAAUGGUCAGCCUGACAGUCAAACAGGAGAUCAGGACUGUGUUGCUAUUCAGCAUAAAUCAAAUCCUUUGGAGAGCUGGAGAGACCAAGAAUGUGGCAUUAAACUGUACUGGAUCUGUGAGAUUGGAAAAUUCAGCUGA